CCCGGGAUCCUCCACCUCGCCCGGCCACGCGCCCCUCCCCGCCCCAGGGCCGCGCGCAGCGGGUCACGGGACCGCGGGGCGGGACGGGGCGGGAGCGGGGCCAGGGCGGAAGUGCCGGUGGCAGGCACUGCUGCCCGCUGCCCGCCUGUACUGCUCUGGACCCACUGCGCCAGACCCCGCGCUUCUGUGUCAUGUGGCUUCUACCCCUGAUCACGAGCCGGGGCCGGGACCUCUAGGUGAAGAUGGUCAGAUGCCAGCCGAGAAUCUGGUCUCUUGUGACAAGCCAAUCUUUGCCGUGUGCCAUGGUGGUGCUGUGGGCACUCGCUCUGGCCUUGGCUGCAGGUCUGGCCGCUGCCAGGCCACCUAACAUCGUGCUGAUCUUUGCUGAUGACCUGGGCUAUGGGGACCUGGGCUCCUACGGCCACCCCAGCUCCACCACCCCCAACCUGGACCAGCUGGCCGCACGGGGGCUUCGGUUCACGGACUUCUACGUACCCGUGUCUCUGUGCACGCCCUCCCGGGCUGCCCUCCUGACCGGCCGACUCCCAGUUCGGACGGGCCUGUACCCUGGAGUUCUGGAACCCGGCUCCCGAGGGGGCCUACCCCUGGAGGAGGUGACACUGGCUGAGGUCCUGGCUGCCCGAGGCUACCUGACAGGGAUGGCUGGCAAGUGGCAUCUUGGGGUGGGGCCUGAGGGGGCCUUUUUGCCCCCCCAUCAGGGCUUCCAUCGAUUUCUGGGCGUCCCCUACUCCCAUGACCAGGGCCCUUGUCAGAACAUGACCUGCUUCCCGCCGACCACCCCCUGCGAUGGCAUCUGUGACCAGGGCCGAGUCCCUGUCCCGCUAUUGGCCAACCUGUCAGUGGAGGCGCAGCCCCCAUGGCUGCCCGGACUCGAGGCACACUAUGUGGCCUUUGCUCGCCACCUCAUGGCUGACGCCCAGCGCCAGGGCCGCCCGUUCUUCCUGUACUACGCCUCCCACCACACCCACUACCCCCAGUUCAGUGGGCAGAACUUCGCCAGGCGCUCAGGCCGCGGGCCGUUCGGGGACUCCCUGAUGGAGCUGGAUGCGGCUGUGGGGGCCCUGAUAACGGCCCUGGGGGACUUGGGCCUGCUUGGAGAAACACUAGUCAUCUUCACUGCAGACAAUGGACCGGAGACCAUGCGGAUGUCCCACGGCGGCUGUUCUGGCCUCCUGCGGUGUGGGAAGGGAACCACCUUCGAGGGUGGUGUCCGAGAACCUGCCGUGGCCUUCUGGCCAGGCCACAUCUCUCCCGGCGUGACCCAUGAGCUGGCCAGCUCCCUGGACUUACUGCCCACCCUGGCAGCCCUGGCCGGGGCCCCACUGCCCAAUGUCACCUUGGAUGGGGUCGAUCUCAGCCCGCUGCUGCUGGGCACAGGCAAGAGCCCCCGGCAGACUCUGUUCUUCUACCCGGCCUACCCAGAUGAGAUCCGGGGCGUCUUUGCCGUGCGGAGCGGGAAGUACAAGGCCCACUUCUUCACCCAGGGCUCUGCCCACAGCGACACCACAGCAGACCCUGCCUGCCAUGCUGCCAGCCCCCUGACUGCCCACGAGCCCCCACUGCUCUUUGACUUGUCUCAGGACCCCGGUGAGAACUACAACCUCCUGGGGUGUGCGGCCCAGGUCACCCCAGAGGCCCUGCAGGCGGUGAAGCAACUCGAGCUGCUCAAGGCCCAGUUUGAUGCGGCCAUGACCUUCAGCCCCAGCCAGAUGGCCCGCGGGGAGGACCCUGCCCUGCAGGUCUGCUGUCGGCCGGGCUGCAGUCCAUGGCCAUCCUGCUGCCAUUGCCCAGAGCCCCAGCCCUGAGGGCACUGGCAGAGGCCAGCCCAGGCCCUGCACCCCAACGCGUGUGGUGGCCAUUGCUGGGGCACAGGUGUGGAUGUGGUUUGUACCUGGUGACCAAAUAACAUCAGCUGACACUGAA